CCUUCUUCAAGAAUUAGUCUUGCAGUAAUACGACCCCUACCAGCCACUCUUGACUACCUAACUUACCUACUUAUGGUGUGACCCUUACAUUGUGACACAUUUCGCCAGAAUAUUUAAGCACUCCCAGCCUACUCCUGCUUUAACGACUGCGACAGGGAACAGAGCAAUACAAUAAUAUGAGAUCGACACUCCUCAUACCUACCCUAGUGCUUUUAUCAGUCCCUAAUAGCCUCGCUCAGGUUACAGCCAGGAAUAUAUCUAAAUUACAGAAUACCGUGUACUGGACCAAUUGGAGUGUAUACGCGAGGAACUACCCUCCUCAGAAGUUGCCCGCGUCUGAGAUAACUCAGGUUCUGUACUCGUUUAUGAACGUCCGCGAGGAUGGUACUGUCUUCACUGGAGACACGAAUGCGGACACUGGCCUUCACUUUUCAACUGAUUCAUGGACAGACAUGGGAAAUAACGCGUACGGAGCUGUGAAGCAGCUGGGUCUUCUUAAGAGAUCUCACCGCCACCUAAAGGUUGUCUUAUCUAUCGGCGGCUGGACGUGGUCCACGCAGUUCCCUGGUGUUGCGGCGGACCCAAAUAAGCGAGCAAACUUUGCCCAGUCGGCUGUCACUAUUAUGAAGAACUAUGGUUUCGACGGCAUUGAUAUUGACUGGGAAUAUCCAGUGACCGCUACCGACGCUCAGAACUUCAUUCUUCUACUCAAGGCCGUGCGUUCAGAGCUAGAUUUGUACAGCAUGCGUGCAGCAAGUGCCUACCACUUCCUAUUAACUGCUGCUACGCCGGCAGGGCCGAAGAACUACAACAUUCUUCAACUUAAGGAGAUGGGUGAGAUACUCGAUUACGUGAAUGUUAUGACCUAUGACUACGGCGGUGGUUGGGAUCUUUCUAGAACUGGUCACCAAGGUAAUUUAUACGCUAAUCCAUCCAACCUCGAGUCGACACCCUUUUCUACAGAUCGUGCAAUUAUCGACUAUACAGCAGCUGGCGUCCCGACCCACAAGAUUGUUAUGGGAAUCCCGCUCUACGGUCGUGGGUUUGAAGGGACUUCUGGGCUGGGCCAGCCAGCUAGUGGCACUGGUCAAGGCACUUGGGAGGCUGGAGUAUAUGACUAUAAAGUUCUCCCUCUGGCAGGCUCUGUGGAGAAAUACGACACCGUGGCUGGUGCCUCAUACUCCGAAGACACUUUCAAUCACCGCAUAGUGUCAUAUGAUACGACAGCUAGCGUUAGAAAGAAGCUGGACUAUAUUAGUCACAAGAAGUUAGGAGGAACCAUGUUUUGGGAGGCGUCUGGAGAUAGGAAUGACAGUGCCUCACUUAUCGCAACAUGUUUCAACGGCCAAGGCGUACUAAGACUUGAAAGGAAGCUACUAUCAAGACAGGGUGCAAGAAGGUGA